AGACAACAUCACCAACAGCUUGGUCUGUGCGUGUGUGUGUGUGUAUGGGGGCAAAGCGGAGAGCGAGAGAGAGAGGCAGCGCGCGAGAGGCAGAGAGAGAGCGACACAGAGAGCGACAGAGAGAGAGAGAGCAGGCAAGGGGGAGGCUCCAUAUUCUUUCACCUACCCCCCGUCAAACCACAGGAAGGAGGGGCCAGACCCUAAGCUGCCAAUCAAAUCCGCUCAUGGCAGCCGGCAUUAUCUCAGCAACAAACUAUUGACAGAUUACAUGUCAAGGAGUUUAGUGCAUGAUUGAAGGAAGCCUUUUUUAUCUAGUUACUUUUCCGCUUUAUUUCCCCCUCAACCAACCAACAUUCGAAUGACUUUCUAACAGAGUUGAGUAAUAUUAUGAAAGUUACAUGUCUGAGAGGAUUUAACUUCGACUUCCCUGAAUAUGCUAAAAGGAGUUUAUGCACUGAAACGACCUCAGGAAAAUCCAAGAUGGCCGCCAAAAGAAAAGGUGGCCUAAAACUCAAUGCUAUCUGUGCCAAGCUGAGCCGCCAGGUGGUGUUCGACAGCAGCUCCCAGAAUGCAGAGGGAGACCAGAGUGUAGCAGAAAACAGCGAGCGUGGCAGUUCCCACUACGAUGACAACGAGACCAACUUCCCCGACAGCCUGAGCCUAAAUCAGAGCCUAGAGGAGGACCAGAAGAGACGCGAGGCCAUCGAGAAGUGGGUCAAUGGUGAAUACGGCGAUGAGCCGCCGGCUCCUGACGAUGAACAGGAGAACGAACUCAAAGUCAGCAAUGACGAAGACUGCCCCCCUGAGGGCGUGUACAUGGUACAGCCCACUGGCUGCAGUGAUGAUGAAGACAACGCAGAUGAGGCCGAGCCAGUGGCAGGCUCUCAGGAUGAUGGUUACCAUGACGACAAAGACGUUGAAGAGAGGCCUUCAAAGGGUGACACCUACAUGCCACCGAGCGAGGCCCAGAGUCGCCAAGCACCUUUCUCCUCUACAGGAGAAGCCUCUGCCCUGCGAGACUAUGCAGCCAACACCAUGAAUGAAUUUUUGGGAAUGUUCGGUUAUGAUGACCAGCAGGUAAGGGAUGAGCUGACCAAGAAGAUCAGCUUUGAGAAGCUCAAAGCCGCUACCUCAGAUCCCUCAUCCCUCAGCAGUGAGGAGGCCUCACGGCGCGCACGCUUCUCCAAGUACGAAGAGUACAUCCGUAAGCUAAAAGCCGGUGAGGCCCUCCCUUGGCCCAUGCAUGCUUCCCCACCCAAACCAGACGACCUCAACCCAAAACUGGCCCAAGACAAGAGCGCUUCAAUGCUCCAGACCUCUGGGUGCCUCCCAGGGGCCGAGGCACAAAUCUAUCCCCCAAGCCUGGACCACAAACAGCCAGGAGGACCUCAGCUGGGCACCUCUCAGCCAACAAACCCCUCUCACAUCCAGAACAUGGCGCCCCGAGCCUCCAAGUAUGACUUCUUUAUUCAGAAGCUGAAGAUGGGUGAUAGUCUACCCCAGCAGAAUGGCAACACUUACAAGCGACCCUCCAAGUACGACCUGGAGAACGUCAAGUUUCUGCACCUCUUCAAACCUGGUGAGGGCAACCCGGACAUGGGCGGCGCCAUCGCCUUUAAGACUUGCAAAGUGGGCCGCCCCUCGAAGUAUGACAUCAGAACAAUUCAGAAGCUAAUGCCAGGAAAUCCCGAGGCCUCAUUGUUGCCCAAUGUCCUUGCUACAGCACCAGGGAACCCGGGAGCUCCCGGUGUCCCCACCGUGGGUGCAGCUGGGGCCAGUAUUGCUGCGGGCCUCACAAUGGACCAGACAGGACACAUAAGCUUCAACGCCUCUGACUACCUGAAGUCCAGCUUUUCAAAGACUGACUCCAUCACCACGGGCACUGUGUCCUCCGUUAAGAAUGGCCUGCCACCAGAUAAACCCGCCAGCGAUGACAUCAACCUCUACCAGAAAUAUAUUGCCAGGUUCUCUGGAAGUCAACACUGUGGCCACGUGCACUGUGCGUACCAGUACAGAGAGCAUUACCACUGCAUGGACCCCGAGUGUAACUACCAGGUGAGCAGGUUUACCAGUAAGCAGGAUGUAAUCAGGCACUACAACAUGCACAAGAAGAGGGACAACUCCCUGCAGCAUGGCUUCAUGCGCUUCAGCCCUCUGGACGACUGCAGUGUCUACUACCAUGGCUGCCACCUCAAUGGAAAAAGCACCCAUUACCACUGCAUGCAGGUGGGCUGCAGCAAGGUGUACACCAGCACCUCAGAUGUCAUGACUCAUGAAAACUUCCAUAAAAAGAACGCCCAGCUGAUCAACGAUGGCUUCCAGAGAUUCCGUGCUACUGAGGACUGUGGCACAGUUGGGUGUCAAUUCUACGGGCAGAAGACGACACACUUCCACUGCAGGCGUCCAGGAUGCACAUUCACCUUUAAGAACAAGUGUGACAUUGAGAAGCACAAGAGCUACCACAUCAAGGAUGAUGCUUAUGCCAAAGAUGGCUUCAAGAAGUUCUACAAGUACGAGGAGUGCAAGUACGAAGGCUGUGUCUACAGCAAAGCAACCAACCACUUCCACUGCAUCCGCUCAGGCUGUGGCUUCACCUUUACCUCCACCAGCCAGAUGACCUCUCACAAGCGCAAACAUGAGCGCCGGCACAUCCGCUCCUCCGGUGUCAUGGGCCUCUCUAGCACCUACCUGCCGCCAAAGGAUGAGCCAGAGGAAUCGAGCAAUGAUGACCUGAUGGACUUUUCGACCAUCAGCAGCAAGAACUCCAGCCUGAGUGCCUCGCCUACGACCCAGCAGUCCACCACUGUAUCACACCUGUUGGCCACACCAACAACUGCUGUCUCCUCCUCUGCAUCGGGACACACCCUCAAACCUACACCCUCACUGCCCAGUGCAGGCCAGCGUAUGUCCAGCCUGCUGUCCCAGGCCCUGCCUAGCAACAUGCCGGUGACCCUUGCUCUCUCCAACAGUGCUCUGGCUGCCAACAACCCAUUCUUCCCCCUCAUACCCAGGCUGCCUCUCCAACCACCUCCGCCAGCCGCUAGCUUGAUAUCAGCUGUAUCCUCUGGGGCCCACUCCAUGCCCACCGACUCACUGAUCCAAGGCUGCUCCACAGUGGGUGCAGAUGGAGCCAUGGCCUCUACCCCAACGUCCUUCGCCACCUCCUCCAUCAUGGAGAAGAUUUCGGCAAGCAAAGGUCUGAUAUCACCCAUGAUGGCCAGACUGGCAGCUGCUGCCCUGAAGCCCUCCAAUAACCCAGACGCAGGGAACGGGCAGCCGACUCCAGCCAGCCAGUUCAAUCUGGUUCAAGUGAAGCAGGAGCCAAUGGACACCAACUGUGGGGCCUCCCAGGACUCCACGCAGGAGCACAGCCUGGACCUGAGCAAGAAGGACCACAGUAAUGAAUCAAACGGACACCCUGUACCAGGGAAUACAUCUCUUUUAUCCUCGCUUAUGAAUAAGAUGUCACAGGUGAACCCUGCCCUGUUCAACGCCAUGAACCUGAAGACAGAGCUGGAGGCGGGCCAGGGCAGCAACACUUCAGAGGCAACACAGUAUCUGAACAGAGUGCUGAAGAGGCCUCUUCCAGAAAAAACCACUGAAAUCUGGAGGACAUACCUCCGCAGGUUUGACACAGAUGACUUCUGUGAGGCUCAGUGUGACUUCCUUCAGAAAGUGCACUUUCACUGCCUGGUAGAGGACUGUGGAGCUCUCUUCAGUACUGUGGAUGGGGCCAUAAAACAUGCUAACUUCCACCUCCGAGCCACCUUGAAAGUAAAGUCGGAGCCUCAGUACAGUGAGGGAAAAGACUCCAGUGAUGGAGCCUCGCUGCAGCCUGCCGCCCCUGUCUCCAUGGCCAACAAUCCCCCGAUGGAUGUGGCACACCUCACCUCCUCUGGCGGAUACAGCUCUCCUCCCCCUUCCCUGCUGGCCUGGAAGCAGCUGACGGGCAGCAUCCCUCAGAUGCCGGCCUCGAUGCCCAACCUGCCAGCUAACUCCCCUCUGGCCACCACCUCUCUGGAGAAUGCUAAACCACAAGUCAAACCUGGAUUUCUGCAGUUCCAGGAAAAUGAUCCCUGUUUGGCUACUGACUGUAAGUACGCAAACAAGUUCCACUUCCACUGCUUGUUCGGGAAUUGCAAGUAUGUGUGCAAGACAUCUGGCAAGGCCGAGUCCCACUGUCUGGACCACAUCAACCCCAACAACAACCUGGUCAACGUCCGGGACCAGUUCUCUUACUACUCUCUCCAGUGCCUCUGUCCCAACCAGCACUGUGAGUUCAGAAUGAGGGGCCACUAUCACUGUCUGCGGCCUGGCUGCUUCUUUGUCACUAACAUCACCACCAAGCUGCCAUGGCACAUCAAGAAGCAUGAGAAGGCAGAACGCCGCGCCGCCAAUGGCUUCAAAUAUUUCACCAAGAGGGAGGAGUGCGGCAGGCUGGGUUGUAAGUAUAACCAAGUCAACAGCCACUUCCACUGCAUCCGGGAGGGUUGCCAGUUCUCCUUCCUGCUCAAGCACCAGAUGACCUCACAUGCACGCAAACACAUGAGGCGGAUGCUGGGGAAGAACUUCGAUAGAGUCCCAUCCCAGGUGAUGCCACUCGGUCAGAGGGCAGAUGCAUCUGGCAUGAUGUCCGGAGCCAUGGGGGCCCACUCUGGUAUCAACUCCAGCUUUUCCUCCUCCGCCAUCAUGGACGAGACCGAUGAUUACAUGGACUACAUGGGAGGAGGGGGCAGCCCCUUGGGCCUCUCCUCCGAGUCCUCCAACCAGGACCGGAGCUGCACCAGCACGCCUGUAGGCAACGAUGGCUCUCCAGCAGGACAAGGCUGGCCCGCCACCACUUCUGCUCCUACCACCCCUGCUGACACUAGCGCUACCCAAAAUGCACCUCCUUCUUCCCCUCCUCCUCCACCACCGCCACCACCUCCUCCCUCCGCUCCUCAGCCUGGCUUCCAGUCCCAGGCCCCAUCUCUCUCUCCCGCUCUCCUCCGACCUCCUCUCUCCUCACUCCCAUACCUCCUCUCUCCAUCCUGUCUGUCAUACUCUCUGCUCAGCGCCUCUCUGGGAGCCACUCGGAGUGUUGUCAUGCCAACCAACACACCAGCUUUCAGCCCCAUCAUUGCCACUCCGUCUCCGGUUAAAAAUGACGUCCCUAUAGUGCAGGAUGCUGCAGGGAACACCAUCUCCAUUCCCACGGCCACCGGUGCCAAGAAGCGCUUCUGGAUAAUCGAGGACAUGUCACCAUUCGGCAAGCGCCGCAAGACCGCGUCGUCACGCAAGAUGCUGGAUGAGGGGAUGAUGCUGGAGGGAUUCCGGCGCUACGAUCUCUACGAGAACUGCAAGGACUCAGGCUGUCAGUUUUCUCUGAAGGUGACCCACUACCACUGCACACGCGAGAACUGCGGCUACAAGUUUUGUGGCCGCACCCACAUGUACAAGCACGCGCAGCACCACGAUCGCGUCGACAACCUGGUCCUGGACGACUUCAAGCGCUUCAAGUCGUCACUCAGCUGCAACUUCACCGACUGCCAGUUUUCAGGCAACAGCACUCACUUCCACUGUCUGCGCUGCGGCUUCCGCUGCACUGACAGCACCAAGGUCACAGCCCACCGCAAGCACCACGGCAAGCAAGAUGUGAUCAGCGCUGCCGGCUUCUGCCAGUUCAGCUCCAGCGUUGAUUGUGAGGUUCACGACUGCAAAUAUAAGCUCAAGUGCUCACACUUCCACUGCACCUUCCCUGAGUGUAAGCACACGGUGGUGGGCAUGUCCCAGAUGGACUCCCACAAGAGGAAGCACGAGAAGCAGGAGCGGGGUGAGCUGCCGUCUGUGUCGCCCAAGCAGGAGCAGGUGCACCACCUGGGAGGAAGUGUGUCUGCAGUCCCUCCAGCCUCCAUGAGUCUUUCUACUUCCUCACCUAGCGGCCUGCAUGGAUUUUCCCGCAGCAUUAACAGCAGUGCACCCUCAAUGCUCUACCCAACAGGUGGCAUGGGGUCCGAGUAUAACCACAUGUACCCGCCGACCUCCAUCAGCCUGGAUAGCUCCCUCAACCUGGGCACCGACACCAGCAGCUCCCUGUUUUUCCUGAAGAACGCGGUCGGUCUUGGCCUCAGCGACUCACUGGACCUCAGUAAGAAAAUGCAGCAUGAUGCAGCACGACCCAGCCACAACCCCACACCCCCGCUGGGGUUACCGGCAGCUCAGGACGACACCACGGGGACAUCUGGAGAGGCUGAAGAUGACCUGUCGCCGGAGGAGGAGGCACAUGUAGAGGAGGAGGAGGAAGAAGAGGAAGAAGAGGAGGAGGAAGAGGAGGAGGCAGAGGAGGAGCUCAACACUGACUCGAAUGAUGAUUUGAUGGUGGAGCCUGAUGGUGAGAAGGACAAUGGCGAGAGCUUUGAUGCUUCCGUUAACCACACUGAUACUUCCCGACUGGAAAAUCAAGAUGUUGAUCCAUAAAAAAAUUAAAAAAAAAAAAAAAAAAACUAUCAGCGACUGUAGGAACUGAAGAAAUACUCUGUGUACUAUGAACAAACGAAAAUGAAAGUGGCCUCAUUCAUCAUGUUUAGAGACUUGAGAUGACAACAAAAAACAACAACAACGUGGAGAAAAAAAAUGACGGCCCGAAAUGAUUUAUUAUGAUGUUUACAAGAUGACCAACAUUAUUAAUUCAAUUAUGCAUUAAAAAAAAUAAGAAC